AUGACUCCCACGGGGGGCCAGAGAUACUGCCUCCUGUACCCCGUCUACAGUGCCCCUUGCAUCCCGUCUACAGUGUUCCCUGCACCCCGUCUACGGUGCCCCCUGCAUCCCAUCUACGGUGCCCCCUGCACCCCGUCUACAGUGCCCCCUGCACCCCGUCUACAGUGCCCCCUGCACCCCAUCUACAGUGUCCCCUGCACCCCGUCUACAGUGUUCCCUGCACCCCAUCUACGGUGCCCCAUGCAUCCCAUCUACAGUGCCCCCUGCACCCAGUCUACAGUGCCCCCUGCACCCCGUCUGCACUGCCCCCUGCACCCCGUCUACCCACUGCUCCCUGCACCCCGUCUAUACUGCCCCCUGCACCCCAUCUGCACUGCCCCCUGCACCCCGUCUACCCACUGCUCCCUGCACCCCGUCUACACUGCACAGAGCCGUUUUGUUUUACGCUCUGAAGCGGGGCACCGUGUGUGA